AUGUUUUCCUUCGUUGUAGUCCUUACAUUACUCUGUGCCUUUUUAACCCACGCCUAUGGUCUGCCAAGUGUGAAGCCAAUCGAUGAUGUUCAACCGGAGAAAACUGUACAGGCUCACAACGAGAUUCGAGCAGCGGUCAAGGUGGCUCCAUUGGUAUGGAACGAAACCCUUGCGGUCUAUGCACAGAACUAUGCCAACAAGCUUUCCAAAACCGGAAAGUGUGCGCAUACUGACAUGAAACAUUCUGAUGGGCCUUACGGCGAAAAUAUCGCAAUUGGUUGGGUCCAACCCAAGGAUCAAAUGAGCGGUCCGAUCGCGGCUAUGUUUUGGUUGACAGAGAAGCCUAAUUAUGAUUAUGCCACCAACAAGUGCAAAGGUAUUUGCGGGCACUACACUCAGGUCGUGGCCAAUCAAUCAACCAGUGUCGGUUGUGGCUCGUACAGGUGUCAUAAUAAUGAGUUGAUUUGGAUUAUAUGUAAUUAUUUUCCGAAACCUAUGGGUGAUGCGAAUACUCGUCCUUAUUGA